ACCCAAAAGCCGAGGGGGGACCUACCACAUUGCACUCACUGACGAGAAACGCCAUGCUUGCGAGUUUCUCCGAAACAAACUGUUGGAGGAAGCAGAAGGGAAUUAAUACCAAGUCAAUUUAGUCUCUCCUCUUCCCCCUACUUCCGUAUCAGGGAGAUCCUGAAAGCAUCUUUUUUGGUUAUAUUCUUUGAGACUGUAAGAGAUGGUGACCAAAACGGAGGAGACGCAGUUGAAGAGAUUGGAGGACCAGGUCGAUAAUGGAGGAGGAGGAGCCUGGGAGUACCUCUGCCUCGUUAAGAAGCUCAAGGUUAGGCGUUCUGAGAAAGUUUUGAAGCAUGGUUUGUCGAUCUUGAACGACCCUAAGAAGAGAUCUAGUCUCGGCCCAGAUGAAUGGACUCUAUAUGAGCAGGUAGCCGUUGCAGCUAUGGACUGCCAGUGUCUUGAUGUUGCAAAGGAUUCCAUAAAGGUUUUGCGGAAGGAAUUCCCUGAGAGUAAAAGAGUUGGCAAGCUCGAGGCAAUAUUGCUUGAAGCAAAGGGAUCCUGGAUAGAGGCUGAAAAAGCAUACUCGACUCUCUUGGAGGAUAAUCCGCUUGAUCAAGUAAUACAUAAAAGGAGGGUAGCUAUGGCAAAGGCACAGGGCAAUCUCCCAGGGGCCAUUGAAUGGCUCAAUAAGUACCUUGAAAUAUUUAUGGCGGACCAUGAUGCAUGGAGAGAGCUUGCUGAAAUAUAUGUUUCCUUGCAAAUGUACAAACAAGCAUUAUUCUGCUAUGAGGAGCUUAUACUGGCUGAGCCCACAAUUCCACUUCAUCACCUUGCAUAUGCUGAUGUGCUCUAUACUCUUGGUGGACUAGAAAAUCUUCUGACAGCCAAGAAAUAUUAUGCAUCCGCCAUAGACCUGACUGGGGGCAAGAAUACCAGAGCACUUUUUGGUAUAUGCUUGUGUACCUCUGCCAUUGCACAGCUUUCCAACAACCGGAACAAGGAAGAUAAAGAAUGCCCAGAGCUGCAAUCUCUUGUGACAAAGGCAUUGGAGAAGCACUACAAGCAAAAAGCUCCUGAAAAACUUCCUCAGCUUGCUUCUACCUUCAGAAGUUUGAGGAUUUCAUCAUAACUUCUUUGCCAUUGAUUAGAUAUUCUCACGAUUGCCCACUACGUCCAAAUGGAAAAGGGCUCAUCUGCAACUCUUCGUCAAGUAGUUUAAAUUUUGCAAAUGCUUGAGAUUUUAGUACAUUGAAAUGAGAAAAACUAAUCUUUCCCUCAUGUGCUUUAUUUUCCUUCACGAUUAUUUUUACAGUUAACAUAUUCUUAUCGGUUCCUUGAGGUCAUUAACAUAUUGUAUUACCCAUCAUACACCAGUGGUAAGCCGGUGAUGUGAGAUAAGAUUCUUCCUCCUGCAUAAUGUCAGAUAUAAUUCGCUUUCCAUUA